AUGGCAGCAGCUCAGGCCUCUUCUUCUUCAUCAUCGUCUUCUGAUUCGAGUAGUACUUAUGAUGUGUUUUUGAGCUUUUACGGCGAAGACGUUCGUUACAAUUUCUGCGAUCACCUCUAUCAUGCGUUGGUUAAUGAUGGAAUUAUAACUUUCAGGGACGAGGAUGAACUCCGCAAGGGAAAAGAGAUUGGGCCGGAGCUAGUCGAUGCAAUCCAGAAGUCAAGAAUCUCGAUUCCCAUCUUCUCGAAGAACUAUGCUUCAAGCAGAUGGUGUCUGAAUGAGGUAGCAGAGAUAUAUGAAUGCAGUAGAAGAAAGGAUCAGAGAGUGAUGCCAAUUUUCUACAAAGUUGAACCAAGAAAUGUGAGACACCAGAACGAGAAAUAUGCGAAAGCCUUUGAGCAACACCAGAUGCGGUUCUCCGAGACAACCAUCCAAAAGUGGCGAAAUGCUCUGAAAGAGAUUGGAGAAUUGAAAGGAUGGCAUUUAAAGAAAGACACGUAUGAAGUAGAGUUAAUAAAUAACAUUGUUAAAACAAUUGGCAGUACAUUGAACAAGCGACUCUUGAAUGUUCCUAACGACCUAGUUGGAAUCCAACUUCAUAUAAAAGAAAUGUUGAUGCGAUUAGAUAUUAAAUCUAACAACAGAAAAAUUGUGGGGAUCCAUGGCCUCGGUGGCAUUGGAAAGACAACGAUCGCUAAGGCUGUCUAUAAUAAAGUCUUUCAUCACUUUGAAGGGUGUAGCUUUAUUGCAAAUGUUCGAGAAACUGCUCAACAUUAUAAUGGAAUUGUUCAUUUGCAGAAGAAACUUAUCUUGGACUUGAAACAAGAAAAUAAAGAUAUUACUAGUGAGGAUGAUGGAAUUAACAUGAUUCAGACAAUUUUGCAUGAAAAAAAAGUUCUAAUUGUUCUUGAUGAUGUGGAUCAGAAUUCUCAAGUAAAAUAUUUAGUUGGGGAUCGCAAAUGGUUUGGUGUUGGAAGUAAGAUCAUUAUCACAACCAGAGAUAAGCAAAUUUUACGUGCUCAAGACGCAGAACAGAUUUACGAGCCCAGCGUAAUGAAUGAAGAUGAUUCUCUUCAACUUUUUGGCCGUCAUGCAUUUAAAACUAAACAACCUCCAGAAGAUUAUUCGGAUCUCUCAAAAGCAAUGGUAGAAACUACUGGAGGACUUCCCUUCGCUCUUGAAGUUAUAGGUUUAUCUUUAUAUUCACAGGGAAAACAAUAUUGGGAAGACAUGGUAAAGAAGUUGCAAAAAGUUCCCAAUAAUGAUGUCAUGGAAAGAUUGAAAAUAAGUUAUGAUGCAUUAGAUGAUGAGCAGCAACGAAUGUCUAUGGUAACAAUAAGUGAAAAAGGUGAGUUAGGUAUGCAUGAUCUAUUUCGGGAACUUGGAAGGAAAAUUGUUUAUCAAGAGAAUGGUGCACCAAGGAUGCGUACUCGAAUAUGGUCUCAAAAGGAUGUCUUGGAUGUACUGAAUACACAAACGGAAAUAAGUAGUGUUGAAGGACUCAGUUUUGACUUUAGAAAUAUAUCAAGGAGUGAAGAUUUGAUGAGCGAAGGAUUUGCUGCAAUGACAAGACUAAGGUUACUCCGAGUCGAUUAUGCACGGUUUUCUUGGAACUUCACCAAUCCUUUUUCAGAACUGAUAUGGCUUAGUUGGAAAGGAUGCCCUGACCAAUAUGCACAAACCAAUUUUCGUCCACGGAAACUGACAGUUCUUGAUCUAUCAUAUAGUAAAAUCACCAAAAACUGGAUGGGUUGGAAGGACAUCAAGAGGGCAGAAAAGCUAAAAUUUCUAAAUCUGACAUCUUGUCAUCAACUAUCUAGUAUUCCUGACAUUUCAGCAAAUCCACUUUUGGAGGUAUUGCUUCUUAAAGACUGUAGAAAUUUGGAUGAAAUUGAUACAUCCAUUUGUUGUCUCACGAACUUAGUCAUGUUAGACAUGAGUCAGUGUGGGAGACUAAAGGAUCUGCCAAGUGAAAUUUGUAAGUUGACUUCUCUCCAAGAACUCAAUUUACACGGAUGCAGAAGUCUAAAGAAGUUGCCGGAGAAAUUGGGCCAUAUGAUAUUCUUGACAGAACUUGAUUUAGGAGAGUGCAAGAGUCUAGAGGAUCUCCCAAGUGAAAUUUGUAAGUUGAGGUCUCUCAAAAAACUCGAUUUAAAAGGAUGUACAAAUCUAAAGAAGUUGCCGGAGAAAUUCGGCGACAUGAUAUCCUUGAUAGAACUUGGUUUAAGUCUUGGCGAGGGUGUAGUGGAUUUCCCAUGUGAAAUUUCUGAGUUGAUUGCUCUCCAAAGCCUCAGUUUACGUUCAUGCGGAAGUUUGACAUCCAUCACAUGUCUUCCCUCAAGUUUGACCAAACUUCAUGUUAGUCAUUGCUAUUCAAUUCAAAACAUCUCAGUUCUUCACUCCACAAGUUUGAUUAGCCUUGGUUUUUGGGAAUGCCAUUCAAUUCGACACAUCAAAGAUCUUCCCUCAAGUUUGACGAGCUUAGUUAUUAGUGAUUGCAACUCAAUGGUAAAACUAUCAAGUACAUCAGAAGGGUUGAGAAAUUUAAAGACAUUACGUUGUUCCAGCCUUGAAGAAAUUGAAGGUGUUGACGACAAAUUGGACUCACUAGAGGUCCUCCAUAUUGGUGGUUGUUGCAGAUCAUUACCAAAACUGAGGGGCUCGAAAAAUCUAAGGACUUUAGAGCUCAGUUCGAACGACGUCAUAACCGAAUUUGAAGGCGGUGAGGGGAUGGAAUCUCUAGAGGUGUUGGAAAUACUGAGUUGCAGAUCAUUAAGAAAAAUUCCAUAUCUGCGAGAUUCGAAAAGACUCAGAAAACUACAAAUCGAUGAAUGUCCGGAAUUAUCAGAGAUUGAGGGGCUUGAGGAGUAUGAAUCCUUACAGAAAUUAUCGAUUAAUGGGGCCACAUCAUUAAAAGCAUUACCGGAGGAUAUCUCAAACCUCAAGAACCUCAUCUAUUUAGGUAUCUAUGAUUGCUGCUACUCUAUGGAAAGAUUUCCUGAUCUUUCAAACUUAAAAGAGUUGAGGGAAUUAGAUAUUGGAAAACCGGGGAGGUUAAUGAGGUUUUCGAAUUUCCCAACUCAGGAGGAUCGGGGGAGGUUAUUAACCGAAAUUCCAGGACUUGACAAAUUGGAGUCUUUGCGAAAAUUGGGAAUAUCAGGAUGCAUAGACAUUGGAAGAUUACCGGAUCUGUCAAACUUGAACAAGUUGAAUAAGCUGAUGAUUAAAGGUUGCAAGAAUCUAACGGAGAUUCAUGGUAUCGAUAGAUUGGAAAACUUAGAGAUUUUGGCAAUUAGUGGGUGCGAGUCCUUGGAAAUAUUACCCGAUCUCUCAAACUUGAAAAACUUAGAACACCUAAUUGCUAAGGACUGCAAGAAGCUAACUGAGAUUCAAGCUGAUAAUGGAUUGGAAUCUUUGCAAGUGUUGGAUGUUAGGGGUUGUAUAUCCUUGGAAAAAUUACCAGAUCUGACAAAGUCAAAGCAUUUUCAUCAACUAAAUAAUGUGCGCUUUCGAGAGCUCACUGUUAUUGAUCGAAUAAAACUCUUGACCGAUGGUGGGUGCACAAAAUUUCCUUGUACAUGA